AUGGGCAUCGACAUUAAAAAGAAGGUGCUGAAACGCAAAUUGAAGCAGAUGAAGGAGGGCCACGAGAAGAAGAAGAAGGCGGUCGCGAAGGAAGAAGGAGAGGCGCGAGAGGAGCAGGAAAUUGGAGACAAUGACGAUGUUAAACAGGAAGUUGAAUCUUCUGAAGCCAGUGGAACGAAGGUCUCCGAAUUCCUGACAAAAACCACAUUUGCUUCUUUGGAGGGAAAAGUCAACGAUCAUUUGUUGAAGGCGGUUGAUAAGAUGGGAUUUACCACGAUGACCGAGAUUCAAGCCAAAAGCAUUGAUAUUCUUCUUGAGGGCAAAGAUGUUUUGGCUUCUGCUAAAACUGGAUCCGGCAAAACGUUGGCGUUCUUGAUACCUGCCAUCGAAUUGUUGCACAAACUCAACUGGAAACAGCACAACGGAACUGGUGUGAUCAUUGUUUCGCCUACUCGCGAGCUGUCGAUGCAGACAUACGGAGUGCUGUCGGAAUUGCUCGAAGGAUCGAAUUUGACGUUCGGAUUAGUUAUGGGAGGGUCGAAUCGAAGUGCAGAACGGGAUAGAUUGGCGAAGGGAGUCUCGAUUCUUGUUGCCACACCGGGACGUCUUCUCGACCAUCUUCAGAACACAAACGAGUUCCUUGUUAGAAAUCUGAAAUGUUUGGUUAUUGAUGAGGCGGACCGCAUUUUGGAUAUUGGAUUCGAGAUUGAAAUGCAGCAGAUUCUUCGGCAUCUUCCGAAACAGCGACAGAGUAUGUUGUUCUCCGCAACGCACUCGCCGAAGGUCGAUGAGCUUGUCAAAUUGGCAUUCCACUCGGCGCCGAUCAAAGUUUCUGUCAAUGAGAAGGCUGAAGAAGCGACGGUUGAGGGGCUUCAACAGGGAUAUGUCGUGACACCUUCAGAAAAACGACUUCUACUUCUUUUCACGUUUUUGAAGAAGAAUAAAACCAAAAAGGUUAUGGUGUUCUUCUCUUCAUGCAACUCAGUUAAAUUCCACCACGAACUUCUCAAUUAUAUCGAUAUUCCUUGUAUGAGCAUUCACGGAAAACAGAAGCAGCAGAAACGUACGACGACGUUCUUCCAGUUUUGCCAAGCAGAAAGCGGCAUUCUGCUCUGUACAGAUGUGGCUGCCAGAGGAUUGGAUAUCCCCGCUGUCGACUGGAUUGUUCAGUAUGAUCCGCCAGAUGAGCCGAGAGAGUAUAUUCACAGAGUUGGUAGAACCGCCAGAGGAAAAGACGCCAGAGGAAAUGCUUUGUUGAUCCUACGACCAGAAGAACUCGGAUUUUUGCGUUAUCUUCGGGCCGCCAAAGUAACGUUGAACGAGUUUGAAUUCUCUUGGAAUAAGGUCGCCAAUAUUCAAUCGCAACUCGAGAAUCUGAUUAGCAAAAAUUACUACUUGAAUAAGUCGGCAAAGGAGGCAUACAAGUGCUACUUAAGAGCAUACGAUUCGCAUUCUCUUAAGGAUAUUUUUGACGUGACGAAUAUGGAUUUGACGGCUGUUGCAAAAUCAUUCGGAUUCUCCGUGCCGCCAUUCGUUGAUCUACCAAUCAGCCAAAAGCCAAAGGUCGAAGUUCGUUCGAAAUUAUCGGGUGCUGGUUAUCGCAAGAAGAGCAAACCAGCAUUUACAUUCAAGAAGAAGUAG